GGAAAGCCCUCCGCGUCCGCCAUUUUGGCUGCCUCUGUCGGUCUGUUCAGUUACCACGUGAACCGCCGACGGAGACCCGUGGGGGGAGGGAGGCGGCGGCAGCGUUGAGUGAGAAAGGAAAAAAGACAACGAGGAGGAGGAGGUGUCCGGGUAGGGCGACGCGGCGACACCCGAGGCCUGGUGGUGGCGGCGGAUCGGGGUAUUCGGGGCUGAAGUGGCCAGGCAUCGGAGGCGGUCGGACAAACAGACUGACCGAGCCGGGUGGUGGCGGGAGCCUCGGGAGGAGCCGGAACGAUGCCGGCCGUGAGCCUCCCGCCCAAGGAGAACGCGCUUUUCAAGCGGAUUUUGAGAUGUUAUGAACAUAAACAGUAUAGAAAUGGAUUGAAGUUCUGUAAACAAAUCCUCUCUAAUCCCAAAUUUGCAGAGCAUGGAGAAACCCUGGCUAUGAAAGGAUUAACGUUGAACUGCUUGGGAAAAAAGGAAGAAGCUUAUGAAUUGGUUCGUAGAGGUCUGAGAAAUGACUUGAAGAGUCAUGUAUGUUGGCAUGUUUAUGGCCUUCUUCAGAGGUCAGACAAGAAGUAUGAUGAAGCCAUUAAGUGUUACAGAAAUGCACUAAAAUGGGAUAAAGACAAUCUUCAAAUCUUGAGGGACCUUUCCUUACUACAGAUUCAAAUGCGAGAUCUUGAGGGUUACAGGGAAACACGGUAUCAGUUACUUCAGCUUCGACCUGCACAGAGAGCAUCAUGGAUUGGUUAUGCUAUUGCUUACCAUUUAUUAGAAGAUUAUGAAAUGGCAGCAAAGAUUUUAGAAGAAUUUAGGAAAACACAACAGACAUCCCCUGAUAAAGUGGAUUAUGAAUAUAGCGAACUCCUUUUAUAUCAAAAUCAAGUUCUUCGGGAAGCAGGUCUCUAUAGAGAAGCCUUGGAACAUCUUUGUACCUAUGAAAAGCAGAUUUGUGAUAAACUUGCUGUAGAAGAAACCAAAGGGGAACUUCUGUUGCAAUUGUGUCGCUUGGAAGAUGCUGCUGAUGUUUAUAGAGGAUUACAAGAGCGAAAUCCUGAGAACUGGGCCUAUUACAAAGGCUUAGAAAAAGCACUGAAGCCAGCUAAUAUGUUAGAACGGCUGAAAAUAUAUGAGGAAGCCUGGACUAAAUAUCCCAGGGGACUGGUGCCAAGAAGGCUGCCAUUAAACUUUUUAUCUGGUGAAAAGUUUAAAGAAUGUUUGGAUAAAUUCCUAAGGAUGAAUUUCAGCAAAGGUUGUCCACCAGUCUUCAAUACUUUGAGGUCCUUAUAUAAAGAUAAAGAAAAGGUGGCAAUCAUAGAAGAAUUAGUAGUAGGUUAUGAAACCUCUCUAAAAAGCUGCCGUUUAUUUAACCCCAAUGAUGAUGGAAAGGAGGAACCACCAACUACAUUACUUUGGGUCCAGUACUACUUGGCACAACAUUAUGACAAAAUUGGUCAGCCAUCUAUUGCUCUGGAAUACAUAAAUACUGCUAUUGAAAGUACACCUACAUUGAUAGAACUUUUUCUUGUGAAAGCUAAAAUCUAUAAGCAUGCUGGAAAUAUUAAAGAAGCUGCAAGGUGGAUGGAUGAAGCUCAGGCCUUGGACACAGCAGAUAGAUUCAUCAACUCCAAGUGUGCAAAGUAUAUGCUAAAAGCCAAUCUGAUUAAAGAGGCUGAAGAAAUGUGCUCAAAGUUUACAAGGGAAGGAACAUCAGCAGUUGAGAAUUUGAAUGAAAUGCAAUGCAUGUGGUUCCAGACAGAAUGUGCCCAGGCAUAUAAAGCAAUGAAUAAAUUUGGUGAAGCACUUAAGAAAUGUCAUGAAAUUGAGAGACAUUUUAUAGAAAUCACUGACGACCAGUUUGACUUUCAUACAUACUGUAUGAGGAAGAUUACCCUUAGAUCAUAUGUGGACUUAUUAAAACUAGAAGAUGUACUUCGACAGCAUCCGUUUUACUUCAAGGCAGCAAGAAUUGCUAUAGAGAUCUAUUUGAAGCUUCAUGACAACCCCCUUACAGAUGAAAAUAAGGAGCAUGAAGCUGACACAGCGAACAUGUCUGAUAAAGAGCUAAAGAAGCUACGUAACAAACAAAGAAGAGCUCAAAAAAAAGCCCAGAUAGAAGAGGAGAAAAAAAAUGCAGAAAAAGAAAAGCAGCAGAGAAAUCAGAAAAAGAAGAAGGAUGAUGAUGAUGAGGAAAUUGGAGGGCCAAAAGAAGAACUUAUCCCAGAGAAACUGGCCAAGGUUGAAACUCCAUUGGAAGAAGCUAUUAAAUUUUUAACACCAUUGAAGAACUUGGUGAAGAACAAGAUAGAAACUCAUCUUUUUGCCUUUGAAAUUUACUUUAGGAAAGAAAAAUUUCUUUUGAUGCUACAAUCAGUAAAAAGGGCAUUUGCUAUUGAUUCUAGUCAUCCCUGGCUUCAUGAGUGUAUGAUUCGACUCUUUAGUACUGUGUGUGAAAGUAAAGAUUUGCCUGAUACAGUUAGAACAGUAUUAAAACAAGAAAUGAAUCGUCUUUUUGGAGCAACGAAUCCAAAGAAUUUUAAUGAAACUUUUCUGAAAAGGAAUUCUGAUUCAUUGCCUCACAGAUUAUCAGCUGCCAAAAUGGUAUAUUAUUUAGAUCCUUCUAGUCAGAAACGAGCUAUAGAAUUGGCAACAACCCUUGAUGAAUCCCUCACUAACAGAAAUCUCCAGACUUGUAUGGAGGUAUUAGAAGCCUUGUGUGUUGGUAGCCUAGGAGACUGUAAAGAAGCUGCUGAAGCUUAUAGAGCAAGUUGUCAUAAGCUUUUCCCUUAUGCUUUGGCUUUUAUGCCUCCUGGAUAUGAAGAGGAUAUGAAGAUCACAGUUAAUGGAGAUAGUUCUGCAGAAACCGAAGAACUGGCCAAUGAAAUUUGAACAUCAUUAAACAAGAAAAUGGAUGAUUUUGGACCAUAUCUAGUGUAUAAUAUUUUUGUCACGCACCUGCUGCAUUGCUCUAACUUACACAGAAUGAGAGGAGUAAAUGUUCUUGCCUUCAAAUAGUGUUUUACGUUUUUUUAUCCUGCUGAAAAAGUAUAUAUAAGAUAUCUAACAUUACAGGACAUAGGUUCAGUUUCUUAAAAAAUUAAAAGCUGCUAAAAUUGAGGGAUUAAAAAAAAAAAAGAUACCUUAUCCUAUUCCUACCUACCCACCAUGUUUUUAAACUAAUUUAUAUAAAAUCUGGAGGCUAUUACAGCUAACAAAGCAGGUGUGUGGCAGAAAUAUUACUUUAAAUUUGUCUUGUGAGAUUUUACUAUAUCUCAGACAGCAUAAAUGCUGUUUUAGCACUGGAUUCUUUCACUGAGCACAAAGAGUUGUUGGGGCUUUAGCAUCUGACUGAUUUUGUUACGGGGUUGAUUCUGACCAUAGGAAGUAUGCAAUGUGAAUCACUAUUUACGGAGAAAUCUACAACAGAUGCUUGAUGUUGUAGAAACUGGGACAUAUAGAUACCAAGCAGGAUUAUAAGAAACCUAGGAGGUGUUCAAUACGCUUGUUGUGUUUCCAAAAUUCACUGUACAUGAUCAGUUUGGUGUUCUUGUACCACAGUUUUUAACUGAAGGAACCAGUUGGAACAAUCUCAAUUUUAACUAAAACUUGAAGAACUAAAAUAACAAUGCAAACCUUUUAGCAUUGUUUUGGCCAAACUUGUUAAAACUGUAAUGCAAGAACCAAAUGCACUGUGAUGUGGCACCAACUAAUUAGCAAGCAUGAAUUUUUCACCCAAGAGUGAAAAAAGAAAAUCCACCAUGGCUUGAAGUUACAGACAGAACUCCUGACUACCAUUCUAUGACUGAUCAAGAGACUAAUAGUUAAAACCUCAGCAGGCCUUGUUCACGAUAUGCAGAAAAAAAAAGUGCUGCAGUUUAGAUACCUCUGGAAUUUUUCCACAGUGUCACAGGUUUGUAAUACUUGAAGCCCUACAUUUCUAAGAAUAUAUUUCUUGCUCAGUUGUUUCAGGCAAGCCCAAGACUUUGUAAUUUUUAAAGGGCCCAAGAUUUUUUUUUUCCAAUAACAGACCAGCUUCUUUUUCCUGCAGUUACAGAUGUAAUUUCUUUUUUGUUGUCAAACAUAAGGUACCAAAUAUGAUGCAAUAAAUUGUUUUGAAAAACAGUUGUGUGAAUAUUUCCACUAAUCUGUUUUGGGCUUCUGUGAAAAUACACAGGUGGAAACAGAGGUGCAAGCCAGAGGCCAUGUAGCGCACUGUCAAGCUAGUGCAGUGGGCGCUUUUAGAAUGGGCUGAUGCUGGUGUCAGGGAAGUUCCGUAAUGAAGUGUAAUGUGCCCCUACAUUAAGGCUUCAUUGAGGGUGGGAUGGUGGCAGGUACUAUGAAUGUAACUCAUACUCUGAAAGGAAAACAAAACUGCUACUUUGACUGGGAAAAAUGAGCCUUAAACAUGUCAAACCUGUACACUGAGAACUAGCCUCAGGCUCAAUAUUCUCAUUGCAUUUGCAAGAUCUGAGCAAAUAAGAUUAAGUAAAAUGAGUCAGCUGUAUAUAUAAUUGAACUUUUUGUAGUACUUUUAGUAUAUAGAGUGUAUACUCUAAAGGGAAUUUUCAGAAGUCCUAAUUGUUUCAUUGAUUCUUUCAUAGUACAUGACCUGCAUUCCACAUCCCAGUCUAACAGUUUAGUGAUAAAAAGAAAAUUACAAACAGAACUCCAGUGCUUUGUUUUGUUUUAUUAACUGGCCCUGUCUCAGGAACAUCUUAACAGAUGGCAAAAAAAUAAACUUUUUUUUUUUUAACUUCUCCUAUGAGUGGCAACAGAAGUUCUUAUUGUUGGGAAAGAACACUAGUGCUACCUCUGCCACUAAUAAGGUGUUUGGAGGAGGCACCAGCCAUAUGUAGGGGGUAUGUGUGUGAAUUCUGUUUAAACUCUACUGUAUAUUGAAAUGAAAUUCAUCUAUAUGUCUUGACAAUGUUCAAAUGAUGUAGAUUGUCUUAGAAUGAAAAGUACUCAGAACUCUAAAUGCAGAUGCCACCCAUGGGGAGCUAAAUUCCUAACAUGUAUAUUGUAUUCCAACCCGAUUUUACUGGAAACUAUUGAAUAAAUCUUUUAUUUUCUUUCAGGUUUACUUGAUAGUGGAUACAUUGUCUGGUGUCAGAGGACCUUGACUGGGUUCAUUUUAUGUCCAGACAUCACCCCUAAAAUAUUGUGUACUGUACCCUCUUGCUCUAAGAAGUAUCAACUAAAUCAUCUCAUAUUUGCCUCAUUCAUUAAUUUCCAAUGAUACUGUGGGGGAAAAACAGGGUUAGAAAACAAGUGGAAAAAAUUGCAGUGAUAUUGUAAUCUAAACAAGUGCCUUAUGUUUAUUGCUAAGAACUGGUGUUAUUAACCCUUUUGAUAAGAAAGGGUCCCUUGACCUGUAUUAACAUAGGAAAGUAAAGUUCUUUUCGUUUUUCUUUAUAUUCAGUUACUCUUGUCAUUUCUCAUUGGAAGACUAAAAUCUUGACUAGGUGAGUUUACUCAGCUUUAAUUAGAUAGUUCUGAGUCAUACAUUUUCACCAUUUUUUCUGUAUUUAUUAUGCGCAACAAUAAAGUAUGAUCUAUCAUGGCAUGACUAAAAGUAGUGCCGAUGUUAGUGAAGAGCUUUUCUGUGGGCUGUAUCAGGCCCUGUUUUUCAGUGUUUGCAUGUACUCUGUGGUAUGUUGCUUAUUAGAGCUGUGAAACGAAAACUGUGAAGAGGUCAGAACAGUGCGGUCCAGAUUCAGGUAGGUUACAAUAAAUUCAGGGAAAUCUCUCUUCUGUACAAUUUCUAGGAAUAUUUCAGCUGCCAUGUGUACCAUGUGUGGGAAAAGCUAAAAAAUGAAAAAGAUGGGUAUAUACAAGACAUACUUGUGUAAGUAUAUCCUUGUCUUUGAAAAUUGCCAGCCUUGAAUUCUGAAAUUAGGAAAAUUCAAAGAACUUUCUGGUGGAAAGUAGUGUAGUCUUCCUAUUUUAUUAGCUCAUGCUGCUGCUGCUGCUUUUUUUUUCUUCCUUUUUCCUUUUUCCUCUAAGGCAAGGUUUGUUUCUUUCUUUUUUAAUGUGGUGCUGAGGAUCGAACCUCAUGCAUACUAGGCAGGCACUCUACCUCUGAGCCACAACCCCAGCCCCAAGAUAAGGUUUCUUAAUAUUCUGUUUCUUAAUAACUGUUGCUGAAUCUGCUACUAAGUCUAAAUUAAAAACAAGAUCCCGUGUAAUGGCUAUGACUGUAUUGUAACAUGGGAUGCCAAAACAUUAAAUUUUGUUUCAAUUUUGACAUUCAAAAAUCUCUCAACCUGUAGCGAUGAAACAUUUUUGGAAAAUUAUUUAUCAAAUUGCACUUUUAACUUUCAGCAUGCAACCUAUGAGAUGGAUCUUGAAAUUAAAUAUUUGUACUAUGAGGAGGUUCUAGAGAAAAUAAUGCUCCAUUUUAGCAGCACAGAAGAGUAUCUUUUAUAUACUCCCUAGAUAUAUAAAUACCAGCGCAAACUGGUAUUUGCAUUAGGACAUAUCCCUUUAUGAUUACAUUAGAAAUGAGCCAAAGGAGAGGGAAUAGUAAAAGAAGUGGAAGUUUCCCACUGUUGAUUUAUUUAGGUGCCUUUAAGUACUGUCAGUUUUGGUACUAUUGCCAGAAGAAAGAAAAAACUCAGAUAAUAUUAGAACUUUUACUAACUAGUCAACUACAGACAAGAUUGGAAGUCUUCAGCGUCCUUUAUAGAAUUCUUUUGGCCAAAAAAAAAAAAAGUAGGCUUUGUUUCAAGGCUACUUAUAC